CUGUCUACUGCCACGGACGGGUGGUCACACUCCAGGUCUUUUUAUUUGACGCGUUUUUUGUUGCCUGUAGCCUGAGUUGUCCGCUCUGGCACGAUUUAAAUAAUAAGUUUCCAACAGGCAACAGCUGACAAUGUGAAUUUUUUUUACAACAAUUUUAUUGGAUCGGUUUUGUUACUUCUGCACUUUUUAGGGAAUUCAAGAAUUUACUGAAACACUUUACUUUUGUAGUCAUUACUCUUUUAAUGGCAAGUUUUCUAUUCCGACGUACCAUGUUAUAGUCAGCAGUCACAUAACACAUUUAUCACGCAAAUGAUGAACGGUAGUUUUCCUUCUUUUGGGCAUUCCCUGGUCACCGCUGGCUAUGCCGAGCUUGAUCUGGCAGUCCCUGAAGUUUGUGGGAGUCGCUGUUCCUGUCUCACUGACAUUCCUGGAUAACGUGGGAUGCUUAGCUCGUGUGCAGGGCUCUUCGAUGUUGCCUACUUUGCAAGGAGAUCAGACCGCCCGUGAUUAUAUCUGGCUGAAUGCACUGGCCGUGCGGAAUUUCAUUGUGAACCGGGGAGAUAUCGUGGCGUUCACGUCUCCGAGCGAUCCGAGUAGGAUUCUGAUCAAGCGUGUUAUCGCACUGGAGGGAGACACAGUGAGGACGCUAACCUAUAAGCAGUCGGUGGUGGAGGUGCAGCAGGGAUGCAUGUGGGUGGAAGGCGACAACCGCGAUCUUAGCAUGGACAGCAACACUUUCGGCGCCAUACCCAGAGGACUUUUGCUCGGUGUGGCCACUCACAUUGUGUGGCCUCCCAGUCGUUGGAGUCGCCUCAAGCAGGACUGCAGGAGCAGAUAGCAUCGGAGAAAUUAAAUCCCACACCAGAAUAUUGCAAAGACUGUCGGCUUUGUACUGUCUGGGAUUGUUACUAAUUUUGUGGUGUUGUUCCGUUUAAGUGGUGUCGCACCGCAAAAAAGAGAAAGAAUGAUAAUUUAUAACAGUUAGAUCUUAAAAUUUCUUCUUCUCAUUGUGAUUUUGAUUUUUGCGUGCGAUCGGUGAUUCUGUACAGCCACUGCACUGACUGCAGUGCCGUGUUGUGUAUGAUGCCUUAACUGGGAUGGGGUUGUGGAGGAAUUGUUGAAUUGACGCGUGGGAUUGUUAAUAUGAAGUUAAAGAAAACGUUGCACGAAAA